AUGGAGCUACAGAAUUUUUGGGAUCAAAGGGAACUGAUUCAACAACAGUUGAAAAUUGAGGAGGCUUAUAUAUGGUGGGAAUCAGUGAUUCAGAAUAUACUAGAAGAACAGGUAAACUGGGAAUUCUUUCAACAAGAAUUUCAGAAGAAGUAUUUGGGAGAAACAUAUAUGGAAGACCAAAAACAGGAGUUUUUGAUGCUAAAACAGAGAGAUAUGUCCGUAGUGGAUUAUGAACGGGAAUUUUUGAGAUUGAGCAGAUAUGCAACUGAAUUUGUACCGACUGAAGCUGACAGAUGCAAGCGAUUUCUAAGAGGACUGAAAUCUCGUGGUAGUGGAAGAUUCAGUUCAAGAUCAGAAAGAGGAGACAGAAGUCGAAAGGGACAAACUACUUUAUCUAUUGGCAGUAUCAGAAGUCCAGCUCAGAACACUGAAAUUCCAGAAUGUGAGUAUUGUGGAAACAAACAUAGAGAAGAAUGUAGAAAGUUAAUUGGGGGUUGUUUCCGAUGUGGAUCCACUGAUCAUUUUGUUAAGGAUUGUCCGAAGAUUGGCCGAAGUGGUCCAGUUGCUAGAGGAGGUACUAGAAGAACUAGUGAAAAUGCUACCCAACAAUCUAAAGUAAGAGAUCUGGCCCGAGCAUAUGUUGUAAGAACUCGAGAUGAGGGGGAUGCUUAUGAUGUAGUGACAGUUGAAUUUGCGAUUGAAGUAUACCCGGGUACAGAUCCAGUGUCAAUACCUCCAUAUCGAAUGUCACCUACUGAGUUGAAGGAGUUGAAGAUUUUCCAACCGUACUUGGAUCAGUUUGUAGUAGUUUUUAUUGAUGAUAUUCUAGUAUAUUCGAAGUCUGAAACUGAACAUGAGCAACAUCUACGAAUUGGUUUGCAAAUAUUACUAGAGAAGCAAUUAUGUGGGAAAUUGAGUAAGUGUGAGUUUUGGUUAACGGAGGUUGUAUUCCUUAGUCAUGUAGUAUCAGCAAACGGGGUUAGAGUAGAUCCAAAGAAGAUUGAAGCCAUAUUUCUGUGGAAAGUUCCCAGAAAUGUGUCAGAGAAUCGACUUUGUAUCCCAACUACUUCUGAAAUUAAGGAAUUGAUUCUUCGAGAAGCUCAUAAUAGUCAGUUUGCAUUACAUCUUGGAGGAACGAAGAUGUACUGUGAUUUACGAGAACUGUAUUGGUGGCCAGGUUGCCACUGUCUACGAGUAAAAAAGAAUGCUAUCUGGGUAAUCGUUGAUCGACUUACGAAAUCAGCUCAUUUUAUAGCAGUUAGAAUUGACUGGUCACUACAGAAACUUGCGGAGGUGUAUAUUCGAGAAUUGUAA